AAGAUGCAGCAUACAUAUCGAAACACAGCAGUAACUAAAAUUUAAAGAAAUUAAGAUUUUUAGGGGCAGGAGACAGAGGAGCGCCGCAGUCUGUUCAGUGUAACACUAUGACAAGACACUGAUAACACUCUAUAUACAAACGUGAGUGAGUGUAGACGUGCAGCGUGUUUGCUCAUUAGCGCAGCACUCGCUCUCUAUGGUGCCUGCUAAAAACAAUCUGAAGUUUGACAUUUUUCGUCACUGGUCAGAAAAGAUGGAGAAAAGAGGUAACACCAGGAUGUUGUUAGUGAUCUGUGUGUGUGUGGCUGCGUUCAGCUGCGUCUCUGCUUCUCCAGAGGUCUGCAACAAUUCCCUUCUGCCUGGAGCUAAAGGAGAUCAAGGUGAGGUUGGAGAGGAGGGAGGUCAGGGGACACUGGGAAAAAACGGACGACCAGGACCUCCAGGAGUCCCAGGAGAGAAGGGACUCAGAGGAGAGGUGGGCCACACAGGGAAGAUGGGGCAUAUUGGAGACAAAGGUGACGGAGGCGACACAGGUGUGGACGGGCCGUCUGGUCUAAAAGGAAAACCAGGCACUACAUGUGACUGUGGCAGGUACAGAAAAGUGGUCGGACAGCUGGAUAGCAAUACAGAGAGGCUCAGGAAAGCUGUUCAGUUUUUGAAAAAUGUUAUCCUGGGGUUGAAAGAAACAGAGGACAGGUACUACCUUCUUGUGAAGGAACCCAAGACGUUCAGAGAGGCAUCGAUGAACUGCAAGCUAAGAGGAGGCAGCCUGGCCAUGCCGAAAACCACCAGCACCAACCGUUUAAUGGCAGACUAUGUCAGUCGAGCAGGACUGACACGAGUUUACAUUGGAGUGCGGGCUCAACGAAAGGACACAGGCCAAACAAGCAACUAUGUUUAUGCAGACUCCAGCCCUUUGCAGGGAUUUGCACCAUGGAGCCAAGACAUCGAGCUAAAUUCCACAUUAUCUUCAGCCACAAACUCCAGCUGCAUGGAACUGCUCAGCACUGGAACAUGGGGUCGCGUGGAGUGUGAGGCCACCAUGUUUUUCAUCUGUGAGUUCCCAAAGAGCAGGAGGAGAGGAGGGAGAACUGGAUGAAGAGGAGACAACAUUAUUAUAUAUGGGAUAUUUAGACAAUCGAUGGAAGCCAAAUGUUUGUGCUUGCUAUUUCAUGUAUGUAUGUGUGUUAGUGCAUGGGACAUUAGACAGUAUGUCAAAUCAAGUAUUUAGUGUUGACCUAGGUGGCCACUAAUAGGGUUUUGACAUUCCAAAAUAGCCAACUUGCAUUACCUUUAGUAACAUUAUUACAUGAAAAAGACCUGCUGUCCUUUUUUAGGCAAUUAUUCUCUGUUCGUAUCUGGAGUUUUGCUACAAACAAUAAGUUUUACAUUAUGUGGUAAAGCAAACUUUAUUUGUACUGCAUGGACACUACAUGUUUCUCUCUUUAACUCUUACAUUCAUUAGGUACAAAUCCUACACUUUGCAGAUAAGUAGUAAAUGUGUUAUAGAAAUAGUAAUCCUCGUCUCACAAGCUGAUUCAAGAUUUAAUUUAUUUCACAUCAAAUACAGAAUUUCUUGCUUUAUAGACGUACAUUUGAUGUAGUUACACGUUCACAAAUGUAUGCAUGUACACACAGGCUAACACACUUCUUUCAUUCUUACACAUUAUUUACUAUUUUUCCUCGUCUAUCUGCCCUGAUUGUUCAACAGUCACGGUUAACUCCUAAUGUAUGACUAAAGUCUUCAACUCUACCAGACAUUCUCGUAUUUGGACGUGGAAAAUCUUAUAAUCUCUGACCACUUCCUGAAUAAACAUUAAAGAUUACUCAUGUCAA